CUCUUUGCAAUGAAUAAUGCAGGGGCGAAUAAACUUGAUUCCAUGCUCUCAUAUGUGUCCGGGAGAGAUGGGAGCCAUGGACCAAAUUUAUUUGAUAAAGAAGUUGGGUCAUGGUUGAUGAUGGCAACAGAAUUAGUUCCUCAAACAUCCAAUCUAGAUUCGACAUUUCCAGUAGAUUCUGGGAAGCCAGAGGAAGACACCCUUCCAUUUCCAGCGAAUCCUGAAUUUGAUGCUAUUGGUUUCAAUAGCGGCUCUCCGUUUUUUCCGCCGAAUCUGUUGCCGCCGUCCCCUUUUGUUGGAUCGAAAAGUCCUUUCCGAAAGGAUUCCUUGGACUUGAUGGCGUUGCCUAGCCCCGUUUUGAAUAGUUCCACAAAGCCAGAAACGCUGUCUGAGGGUUCUAUUUCGAUGUCAGGUGCCCCAAGCUUUUUUGACACUUCUUCCGCUGGGCAAUCUGAUAUUUUUUCGAAUCUCCCAUCCCUGGAGCCGAUCCACCCCCUGAAACGAGAGCCCGAUUAUUCCGUGACCUCCACGCCGGUAGACGAGGAAUACGAGGACGAGGCGUCCGCCAAGCGCCAACGGCGCCUCGCGAAGAAUCGAGAGAUCGCCAAGAAUUGUCGUCGUCGCAAGAAGGAGCGGAAAGCAGCGAUCCAGGAAGAAAUCCUGCAGCUGCGCGAGGAGAACGGGAAGCUUCGUCAGCAAUUGGAGAACAUGAGCAGCCAAAUGUUCCAGAGCAAGCAGAGCGAGGAGGAGCACGCAGCCUUUCUGCAGCGACUGAAGCAGGGCAUCGAGGCGCACGACGAAGCGAGCAUUCUGCGCGAGAUCAAGGAGUACUAUCGGCUGUGGAGCGAGUACGGGCAGGAGCGCAGCGCGGCGUGCCAGCUGUAUUUGGAGCAGCUGAAGAUGCUGCUGCUGCCGACACAGGUAGGAAGAGAGAGGCGGAGGAGAGGAUGA